GUGCAUUAUUCUGUCCUCACCACCUAGCAUGGCUGGCCUCUACACGGGAAUAAUGCGAUGUCGUAGAAAAUGUAACCUCGAAUAUGAUUCCGAAUGCGCCUCGCCCGAGAUAGAGCACAGAGAAUAGCACGCCAAUGCUCACGUCGUAUUGCAAUUAUUUAUAUGAAAGUGGAUGUGAGCUGUGGUGGCUCAAGCGCUUCGGUAACGGAGCUGCCUGCUGCACACGGAUAAAGAAACAGAAAAUCCAGCUAUUUAUAUCGUGGUUGUUCCAGACGUGACGAAYCUCCGGACUUCGUAACCAUGAGUGGACAGGACGAAAGUUCGGUGCGGGUCGCAUUGAGGAUUCGUCCUCAGCUGGCGAGGGAGAAGAUCGAGGGAUGUCACAUCUGUACGUUCUGCAUGCCCGCCGAGCCCCAGGUGAUGCUGGGUAAAGACAAGGCGUUCACGUACGACUACGUGUUUGACAUGGACUCCCAGCAGGACAGCAUCUACACACACUGCACAGAGAAACUCAUCGAGGGAUGCUUCGAGGGGUACAACGCUACCAUCUUCGCCUAUGGACAGACUGGUUCGGGGAAGACCUACACCAUGGGUACAGGGUUUGACGUGAACAUCUGUGAGGAGGAGUUGGGCAUCAUUCCCCGGGCAGUCAGGCACCUCUUCAGGGGCAUUGAGGAACGGCGGCAGGCCGCCACAGAGCAAGGCAAGCCUGUACCCGAGUUCAAGAUCAACGCACAGUUCCUGGAGCUGUACAAUGAGGAGGUGUUGGAUCUGUUUGAAUCAACGCGGGACAUGGAUGGGAAGAGACAGAAGUCCACCAUCAAGAUUCAUGAGGACGCUAACGGAGGCAUCUACACUGUGGGAGUCACCACACGCACGGUCACCUCCGAGGCAGAGAUGAUGCAGUGUCUGAAGCUGGGUGCUCUGUCCCGUACCACGGCCAGCACCCAGAUGAAUGUCCAGAGCUCGCGCUCCCAUGCCAUCUUCACCAUCCACCUGUGCCAAGUCAGAGUYUGCGCUCCGGACGACAGUGAGUCCAAUGAGACAGACAACCGUCUGGCCAACGGUUCCUCUGAGGUCAACCCUGAGUUCGAGACGCUGACGGCUAAGUUUCACUUUGUGGACCUGGCCGGGUCGGAGAGACUAAAGAGGACCGGAGCUACUGGGGAUCGAGCCAAGGAAGGCAUCUCCAUCAACUGUGGACUGCUUGCGCUGGGUAACGUGAUCAGUGCUCUGGGGGACAGGAGUAAGAGGUCCACCCAUGUGCCUUACAGGGACUCGAAACUCACCCGGCUACUGCAGGACUCUCUGGGAGGAAACAGUCAAACGGUGAUGAUAGCGUGUAUCAGCCCAUCUGACCGGGACUUCAUGGAGACACUGAGCUGUCUGAACUACGCUAACCGAGCCAGGAACAUUAAGAACAAGGUGAUGGUGAACCAGGACAAAGCCUCCCAGCAGAUAUCAGCUCUCAGGACUGAUAUUGCCAGGCUACAGAUGGAACUGAUGGAGUACAAGACGGGCAAGCGUAUGGUGGGGGAAGACGGCAUGGAGAGCAUCAACGACAUGGUCCAUGAGAACAGCAUGCUACAGACAGAGAACAGUAACCUGAGGAUCAGGGUGAAGGCUAUGCAGGAGACCAUUGACGCCCAGAGGGCCAGACUCACACAGUACCUCAGUGAUCAGGCCAACCAGGUUCUGGCCAAAGUGGGUGAGGGGAAUGAGGAAAUUGGAAAUAUGAUCCAGAACUAUAUCAAAGAAAUCGAGGAGCUCAGAGCCAAGCUCCUGGAGAGUGAGUCAGUGAAUGAGAACCUCCGUAAAACCCUGUCCCGUGCCAACACACGCUCCUCCCUGUACGCUGGUGGGGGCUCCUUCUCCCUCGCCCCCGAGAUAGUGGCUUCCGACAUCAUCGAGAUGGCCAAGAAAGAUCUGGAGAAACUCAAGAAGAAAGAGAGGAAGAAAAAGAAGAGUGUGGUCAAGGAGGAGGUACCAGACAACGAACAGGAACGAGGCAACGACGAGGCUGAGGGGGAUGACCACGUCAGUGACCAUGAGGAAGGAGAGGAGCUGGAGGGAGAAGACGAGGAGUACGAGAUGGAGGGUGAAGAGAGCUCGGACGAGUCAGACUCUGAAGAACUGGAUGAGAAAGAGAACUUCCAGGCGGACCUGGCCAACAUCACGUGUGAGAUCGCCAUCAAGCAGAAGCUGAUAGACGAGCUGGAGAACAGCCAGCGCCGYCUGCACACGCUCAAGCAGCAGUACGAACAGAAACUCAUGAUGCUGCAGAGCAAGAUCAGGGACACACAGCUGGAGAGGGACAAGGUGCUGCACAACAUGGGCUCGGUGGAGACGUGCACGGAGGAGAAGGCUAAGAAGAUUAAGUUAGAAUAUGAGAAGAAGCUGAGCUCUAUGAACAAGGAGAUGCAGAAGCUGCAGUCAGCCCAGAAGGAACACGCACGCCUCCUCAAGAACCAAUCGCAGUACGAGAAGCAGCUCAAGAAACUCAACCAGGAUGUGGCUGAGAUGAAGAAAACAAAGGUGGGUCUGAUGCGUCAGAUGAAGGAGGUGCAGGAGAAAAGCAGAGCAUCAGAGUGCCGACGCAACAGAGAGAUCGCUACUCUGAAGAAGGACCAGCGCAAACAUGAGCACCAACUGAGGCAGCUGGAGGCUCAGAAGAGGCAGCAGGACCUGAUACUGCGCAGGAAGAAUGAGGAGGUGACAGCUCUGAGGAGGCAGGUGAGGCCAACUUCAGGGAAGGUGAACAGAAAGGUGAGCCUACCGGAGCCCCUCCAGGACCCUUCUCACCGCAGCAUCCUAGGGAGACCUCACUCUGCUGGGGCAGCAGGCCCCAAUGGCACCCCAAGGAAGUACCCGGUGAGGAUGGGGAGCGUCUACACCACCAGGACAGCCCGGGCUAAAUGGCAGUCUCUGGAGAGACGCAUCACUGACAUCAUCAUGCAGAGGCUGACCAUCUCGAACAUGGAGGCUGAUAUGAACCGCCUCCUCAAGCAACGCGAGGACCUGACCAAGCGAAGGGAGAAGGUGUCUCGUAAGAGGGAGAAGAUCGCCACAGAGGGGACCGACACGGACCGAAGCAUCCAGUCUUUGAACGAGGAGACGGACGCCCUKGCGGCCAACAUCGACUACGUCAACGACAGCAUCGCUGACUGCCAGGCUAACAUCAUGCAGAUGGAGGAAGCGAAGGAGGAGGGAGACACAGUGGACGUUACCGCGGUGAUCAGCUCCUGUAACCUAUCAGAAGCCCGCUUCCUGCUUGAUCACUUCCUGCACAUGGCCAUCAACAAGGGUCUGCAGGCGGCCCAGAAGGAUUCCCAGGUGAAGAUGAUGGAGGGUAGGCUGAAGCAGACAGAGAUCAAUAGCGCCACUCAGAACCAGCUGCUGUUCCACAUGCUGAAGGAGAAAGCCGAACUCAACCCUGAGCUGGACGCUCUGCUGGGCAACGCACUGCAAGAGAAUGAAGAUGACAGCAGUAAUGAUGAGUCCUCUACCGCCAGCCCAGCCACAGAGGGAAGUUCAUUGACCUCUGACCUCCUCAAGCUGUGUGGAGAGGCCAAACCUAGGAAGGCACGCAGAAGGACAACCACCCAGAUGGAGCUGCUGUAUGCUGGGAGUGGUGAAUUUGACUCCCCUACAGGGGACUUCUCUGCACCCCUGCUACCCCCGACAGAGGCCCAGGAAGGGACAGGGGACAUGGGGACAGUAGCAGGAUAUCUCGGGGACAGGGAACUCACUGUGUCCCCCUCAGCACUGUCCACCAGGAUAGCUGGACUUUUGGGAACCACUGUCCUAACAGACAUACAUUGUCUUUUGUCCCUGUUGUCCUGUUAUAGAGGGGUGGUCAACCCUGUGUCAUCCCCUAAGAUCAGCCAUGCUGCCAGACURCAGUGUGUCUAUGUGGCUGAGGGACACACCAAACCUGUCAUGUGUGUCGACUGCACUGAUGACCUGCUCUUCACUGGCUCUAAAGGUACAAUUCGUACGUGUAAGGUGUGGAACCUGGUGACUGGUCAAGAGAUCAUGUCUCUGGGAGAUCAUCCCAGCAGUGUGGUGUCUGUUAGAUACUGUUCCAGCCUGGUCUUCACUGUCUCCACCGCUUACAUCAAGGUCUGGGACAUCCGAGACUCCGCCAAGUGCAUACGCACACUCACGUCGUCGGGCCAGGUGAGUACAGGGGACAGCUGUGUGUCUCUCAGGUCCCUGUCCAUCCCUCCRGGAGAGAACCAGAUCAACCAGAUUUCUCUGAACCCCACGGGAUCCUACCUCUACUCCGCCUCUGGCAACUCAGUCCGCAUGUGGGACCUCAGGAAGUUUGUGUCUACUGGGAAGCUGACGGGUCACCUGGGYCCGGUCUUGUGUCUGACCGUCGACCAGUUGAGCAACGGUCAAGACAUGGUCCUAACGGGGUCCAAGGACCACACCCUGAAGAUGUUUGAGGUGACUGAGGGUGUCCAGGGCAGCAUUGUGUCCUGYCACAACUUUGAUCCGCCACACCAGGAGGGUAUAGUCUCUCUGGCUGUUCAGGGGGACAGCCUCUACAGCAGCUCCAGAGACUACUGCAUCAAGAAGUGGGACCUGUCCCGGAAACGACUAGUACAGCAGGUGGCGAGUGCCCACUCUGACUGGGUAAGUGCGCUGGGUGUGAUGCCAGGGUGCCCGGUAGUGCUGAGUGCAGACMGGGGAGGUCUGCUGAAGCUGUGGCACGCUGAUACCCUGGCACCGCUCGGGGACCUGAGGGGACACGACAGCCCUGUGAACGGACUGGCUACCAACAGCAGCCAGCUAUUCACUGCCUCCGAUGACCGGACAGUGAAGAUUUGGCAAGCAAAGGGUUCUUUGGAGGAAGGGAUCCAUUGACACUGAGAAGGAGACCUCCGGACUGUGACUCGACACGGCGCUGUGGACCUACUAGAUCACUCUGGAUCUACUACAGCGCUAGGGAUCUAUUGCUGCCUGCUGGAUCUACUACUCAAACUAUUUACUGCUGCUCUGCACAAUGAUCCAUGGAUGGAGGACCUCCAAGCGGGUCACACUUCCGCUACAGUGCGUGGAAUCAUCUCUCUGUGUCAGGAGGGGGGGUGUGUCUUCUAAAUAAGGCCCUAUGGAGGUUGGUCUUACUUCAGCUCCUACUGCCUAACCCUAUGGGAGACUCAUAUAGUCUCAGUGGGGGAAUAGGGAUGUCUCAGUGGGGGAAUAGGGAUGUCUCAGUGGGGGAAUAGGAUUCUCCAGUGGGGGAAUAGGGAUGUCUCAGUGGGGAAUAGGGAUGUCUCAGUGGGGGAAU